AUGCACAAAAAUUCCCUUUUUAAAGGUCGCAGCACUCUUGUUGCCAUGGUAACAACGGCUGCUUGCUCGAGGCCUGGGGCCUCAUUUUCAUACAAAAACGUCGCAAAAAAAGAGUGAAAUGUUUAUUUCUCUAUCUCAAGCUAAAUACAACAUUACAAAUUCGCACUCGUACCAUACAUAGUGACAUCAUUCGUCUUUGAUUCAUUCAAUUUUCCCUGGGAGUGAAUGUGAACACACCAAUAGAUUAUUCAUUUCGGUACAGUUUCAGUCAUUUUUGCUGUCGGGUAAAACAGGGAAAACGUUUAUCUGAAUUUCUCCGAAAGUACACCAAUACUGGAACUGAAACUACCCACCUAGCUGGCUAUAAUAUUCUAGUUUUUAAAUAUGUAAAAAUCUCUGCGGGCCUGCCCCUACUUUUUAUAGGGGCAGUUCGCGAAAAAAGCUCAAAAUCAGAUAUUGCAUAAUUUGGCGAGCCGUUUACAUCUAAUGUUCUCAACAACAAAUGUUUCAUAUAAAUGAAACGAGCGAGGCUUUGGAAGAAUGUUAUCUUAAGAGUAAUAUCCCGAAGAGAAAUCUCGCCUCUGGUUGUCAUCUUUUUAAAAAAUUUGAUCAAACUUCAUGGAGGACUACUCGACGUAACUGCAAACAUAUACCUCAAAUCGUGUGCAUAUUGUCCAGAUUCCGAGUGCUGCACCUUCUUUCAUGGGAAUUUGAGCAACCCGAAGUCCUCUGAAGAUAAACUGUUAUACUUGUAUGUCAUUUGAAACAUGUUGAAGUCGGCUGAUCUAAAGGAAAGUAUCCUCACACCGGUCAUUUGUCAUAAACAUGUACGUUAUCACGAUGGCGUGACGCUGUAUUUCUCCAUGAAGUUUCCAUCGGUCGCUCCAAAGAAAACAGUAAAUGGAUAUUUUUCUUAUAUGUCAGCAGAUUUCCGCUUUCUGAAGUAAAAACAACCAAAAAAAAAAAAAAAGAGGAAAACGACCAUUUUACAGUUCCCGACGCCAUAUUGGAUUAGUAACCGUGCACACAUGACAACGAGGCUGGGGUUGACUCGUGUAAAAUCUCUGUGAGUGAUUUUGGUGAAAAUUCGCACGUGGGUAGUAAAAUUGUUCGAUUUUUAUGGAAAUGGAUGGCCCUAGCCGAAAUCUUGACAAAGGUAAUUCUUCUUCUUCUAAAAAAAGGAAAGCAGUGUGCCGCUUUUGGCUGUUCAAAUACAUUUUAUGGUCCUAAUGGUUUGCCUACGAGCUUGCACUUCUUCAAGUUUCCGAAGGAUACGAACAGAAGACGCCGAUGGUGCAAUCUCAUCAAACGUCAGCAUGGGAAAGAUGGCUUUUUCGUGACAGAUUCAACGGUGGUUUGCUCAGAACAUUUUCGAAAAGAAUACAUACGGACAACUUUAACAGGCCGCUGGGAAUUAGUGUCAGGUUUGUCUUCAAAAGACUAUAUUCAUCUAUCACUACAUUUUUUGCUGAUCACCCUAAUUUUGAUGUCACUACCACAUUGUUUUUAUCGGAUAUUAUGUUUAUUGGUUGCUCUAUUUCAACUUAUAUUUGAAUAAAAUAUACGAAUAAAGGCCACCAAAAUUAUAAUACUUGAUGCAUGCCUCUUUAUUUUGUCUUGGACCCAAAUUUAUUAACCUAAAUGAACCCGAAUGUUAUUGUUUCAUGUAUUUCCAGGUUCUGAACCAUCCCAGUUUACAUGGACGGUGGAAACUCCGAAGAGGAAGAGGAAGCCUGAUACUGUAUGAAGAUUCAAAGGAUCACAUUUUAAACAAGACAACAUGGCUGUGUGAUUCUGAGAUACAUGCUGGUCAGAUCCUCCUAAAACAAAAAUUCCCUCUUGUAGAUGGUCUAAGGGACCCUGUGAUUGUGGGUGCAUUAGUCACUCCAGCCAUUAGUGAGUUUGUACAGAUCAUAAACACUGGCUCACACUGGGUUUGCCUGAGCACAAUAGCUACUAGUCCUGGAACUGUCAAGGUGUAUGACAGCUUAUAUCAAAAUGUAAACGCGGUUGCCAUUGAUCAUUCAUGUCGCAUGCUAUUGUAUACUGGUUCUACAGUCACUUUUUCUAAUGAAAGAGUGCAAAAGCAAACAAAUUCAAAUGACUGUGGCUUGUUUGCACUGGCAUUUGCUACAGAUUUAUGCCAUGGCCUAGACCCCACAGCGCAGUCAUAUGACCAAGACAAAAUGCGCAAACACUACAUCAACUGCCUGGACUUGCAUGAUAUGGUUCCUUUCCCAAGAACGUCAAGACGGGUACCAUAUCAUGCAAUCACCAAAAGAAAAGCAGUGACAAUCUAAAAGUCUAUAUGUGGCUAUGGUCUGAAUGAUUUGUAAUUCAAAAUUAUGAAUGAAUUCAAAAUUAUGAAAACUAUGAAUUUCUCCGUCAGUUUUCUGCCAAACUCAGUUUUCUGCGUAACUUAUUUUUCCUUGUUCUUGAGUUUGUGGUGCUUUAAUAUCAUGAUGAAAAUUGCCUGUAAGAAUUUCAUGGAUGAUACUUAUAGACCCACAUUUAAUCCAUAGGUUAUAUUUUACGAGUUCAAAUUGAAAUACUUAACAUUUAGGAGGAAGCUCAAGCUGAAUAUUCGAAUGUUGACCGUCGGUGUAUUGUCAUCACACAAUCAUCUUAAAAUUGUGAAAUAUGUACAUCAAUUUAUUUAAUACAAGUUUGAAGGCUUAUAAUGUGAUAAACUUCUGAUUAAGUACCUCUUCAGAAAUUUCUGUACAUAUAAGUUUAACACAAAUGCAAUUGAAAUUAAUACUUAUCUUUCUCGAGUAUUCUGAUGUCACUGUUCUUCUGCCCACUUGGCAGCUAUGAGGCUUAGGUAGAUGGUGUGUAGGAUUUCCAAGAGGUGUUGCCAAUCAAUCAGAUCGACCGAAACCAGGUUGACAACUUACGAACCGGCCAAACAUUUCGUUAACAGCGCCAUCGAUCAAAGUAUCAUUACAGUCCAACAAAGGACCUGUUUUUCUGUUCAAAUCUGGCAGAAACUGGCUCAGACGCACUACGCGAACUUCCUAACAUUCGAGUACACUGUGAGUACGCGUCAACAAAAAAAAGGGGAAGUCACAUUGUAAACUGCGGAUACUCAUACAAGAUGCCGCUGAUAUGUCGUGGGCUCAUCUGGUUUAGGACGAUGAUAUAUAGCGCUUUCCCUAUUGAACGCUCGUAAACACUGAGAAUCUGAGAGUAUAAAUCGUAAUUUGUCAGCGGCAGUACUACAUGUAAAACCCAGUUGGAAGAAUAGCAAUUUGAACGACAUAGGCAUCUCCUCACAAAGAACAGAUUCGGGCAGUUAUCAUUUCCUUGUGACAGGAAUUAAGAUAUUCCAAAUCAUCUGAAAAAAGUCAGAAAACUGUUAGAAAAUUUGCAUACGAUAUGCGAGGAGGGACUUAUGACCGCUGCAGUGCUAUCGAGUCAAUCAAUGUUUCCUUCCAUGUCUUGGUGAAGAAAAAAUCAUAACAAAGCUCGAAAUAAAAGAUUUAAUGAAAUCAUAAUGUCAUAAUUCCACCUUUCAAACAACUUAUUAUCCACAUGCAAAUCGCAACUUGUCACUUGAACGAAACUCCCCAUGGUUAAUAUGUAACCCGGAUUGCUUCAUGUCCAUCAGAAAAAGGAAAGCGAUUUCAUCACCAUUAUUUUCCAUACUUUUCUCCCGGAUAUCUUUUACAAGCUUAAAAAAAAGAUGAAUAUAACGCAAUCUCCUAGUGAUUUACACGAGAGGAAGUCAAAGGUCCUUUAAUUUUCCCCUGAGGUGGCCGGCUCACCAGGAAGAAGGAGAUCGUUCGGUCCAAUAUUGUUAGUCUGUGGAGAUUAUCAAGCCAAUAACUUGAGAAGAUUGUGCCCUUUGGUUCAUCAGUGACAGCAUUAAUUAUUUCAAAUCUGUAUUUCUCGGUCCAAGCGACACCAAAAAUAGUUCCUUUGAAAUUUGGAAAGCACUUUCUAGAGCAUUUUAUUGUCACGGAAAAUAAAUCUCAAGGCUCAAAGCCAAUAUAACGUUCGAGCAGGUGAAAGAUUUUGAAAAAAGCUAAAUUUUGGAAAUUGAUUGUGAUGAAAUCCCUGUUCCGUUUGCUGUACUGCAGGGAUACUGAGUAGUUUGUGAUGAUUUUCGCGUCGUACAAAUUGCCAUUGUUGCGACUGAGUUUUACAUGUAGUACUGCCGCUGACAAGCUGCGAGUACUGCUCUCAGAUUCCCAGUAUUUACGAAUGUUCAAUUGAGGUUUUCUUCUUUUUUUUGGCUGUUUUUUACUUAGAAUGCGCGGAAAUCUGCUGAUAUAUCCAAAAAUGUCCAUUUCUCGUCUUCUUUGGAGCGAUCGAUGGAAACUUCAUGGAGAAAUACAGCUUCAUGCCGUCGUUACAACGUACAUGUUUAUGACAAAUGACUGGUGUGAGGAUAGUUUCAUAUAGAUUAGCCGACUUCAACAUGUUUCAAAUGAUAUACAAGUAUAA